UAAUAGAAGAAUGUUGAAAAGCAUGUUUGAGCAAUGUUAGCCAAGUUCUGCGCAGUAGCCUAUGUUAUCAUUUGAGUAUUUCUGAGUCAUGAUCUUGGCCUUUUUUUUUUUUAGCCCCCCUUUCCCUCCCUCAGAUCCACAUUUCCCUCCCUGGUCUGCGGUCUCUUUAAAUCCAAACCCAGUGAGAGAGAGGGGGCGAUCUGCGCCUCCUCACAAACUUGUCUGGGUAGCUGCAGUGGCCGCACUCAUCCCGAUUAAACAGCUGCUUACCAUUUUAGGGAACUUCACAAAGUUUUUCCUCGGACCUCAAGGAAAUCGUUAUUUUUAUAUUUUUUUGUUUUGUUUCCAAGGGCUCAGGGAGUCUGCCUCAGAAUCAGAGUCUGCACGACUAAAACUUGGAUUUUUUUUUUCUUUUUGUUUUGCGUAAUGCUUCUAUGCUCAACAUCUGGAUUAACUAUUUGAAUCCAGAGCCUGUACACUGAAACUCUGCCUUUUUAGCCCAACUUUAUGAAGUUUUUUUCGACCCCUUCUUCUUUUUUUUUUUUUUUUUUUUACUCUGGAGUUCAACUUGAUAACCCGGGAGUCUGCUCAUAGAUUAUGUAUUCUUUAAGAUGGGUGCGAACAAUGGAAAACAGUAUGGGAGCGAAGGUAAAGGCAGCUCAAGCAUCUCCUCUGACAUAAGUUCGAGCACAGAUCACACACCGACUAAAGCUCUGAAGAAUGAGGCUACCACUGAAG